UAUACGAACUAUCUCUAACAAGCUUCUAGCAUCUGGUCACGUGGUGAUAACUCAAGAUAAGAGCUCCGUUCUGUAUCUUAUCAGCACGGGCUUCCUUCGCCACUCUACGCAUAUCAAUUACUUUUGAAUAACAGCAUAUGUCAUGGCCUCUAGGCUCAGAAAGCGUGCGUCAGGUGCUGGUGAAAUUGUAAACGAUGAACAUCCCCCCUUGAAAAGAACGAAGUUUAGUGCUGCUGGAAAUGUUGAUGCAAAUGGGAAUCGGUACUGGGAAAUAUCAAAACUGCGUCGUGUCACUAUUUCCUCAUUUCGAGGAAAGACACUGGUAAAUAUCAGGGAAUACUACGAGAAAGAUGGCCAAGAGCUUCCCGGCAAGAAAGGCAUCUCGUUGCCAAUCGACCAAUUUUCAUCCCUUGUCACCUUAUUGCCUGAAAUUGAGCUUACACUAAAGGAUUCCGGAGUGUCUGUUCCACGACCAGAUUAUGCCUGCAGACAUAGUAUCCCAAACCAAGACCACAAUGAAGCUUCUGGUGGUGGUGGUGAUAGUGGGCUUGGAGACUCGUACCUGCCAAGAAAAAACAUUGAAGCGACAAGCGAGGAGGAUGAGAGUGAGGAGUAGUUUUCCAAGAAGUCAAUCUUGAAGUAGAAAUAGUGUCCACAAGCCAGCCUAGUUAUUGUAAU